UAGUUAUAAUUUCACUUUUUAAACUGUCAGUUUCACUGAAUUUAACUUUUUCUUCAUUCUUAAUCAAGUUUUCUUCUGUAUUGCCCUCAUCAGGAGGCAUUUUGGAAGUUUGCUUUUUUGCCAAUUAGAUAAUCACUACGAAAAAUUGAGCAUUGAGGUAGGUUGCACUUUUAGUUAUAGCUGCAUAUCAACAAUUUGUAUUCAUUAUCCUACUCAAAGGACAAUUAAUUAGGCUUUUGUAAAUAAAAAGUAAUUUGCGGUUUGUUUUUGUAGUCUUUAGUCUAAUUAUUUGCUAAUUAUCCAUUGUUUUGUUAUUAACUUUUGUUUAUUUUUGGAAAUGACAUAACUUUUAGUGUUACUACAAAUAAAUAAAAAUCAACUUUUAGUUCUCGAUUUUUAAAAACCGAUAUUAUUUACUGUGCUAUGUGAGAGACGUUAUGAUUUUGUAUAUUGAUUUAUUUGACUGACUUGCAGAAAAUUAGUAGUUCUUAAUUCAAAACAAAACUUAACUUUGAAGGCAACUUUGACCGAAAUCAUUUCUCUCAAAUUUCUCUCGCAAAGACCAAGCCAAGCAAGUAUUCAUUCUCUCGUUGUUGAUUGGUGGAAACAAAUACCCCUCGAUUCUUCCAUUCGUUCAUCCAUCCAUUGAAUCCAUUCAUUCUCCAUCCAUGCACAGAUUCAAAUCGUUCAAUUAAUUUGUUUUGAUUAUCCCGCAGACACGGUGGUCGUAUUAUGUUUUUAGUUUUUGCACCAUAAAUCCAAAAAGAAAACUUAUUGUUACGUAAAUAUUUUUGCAAACACGAGUGUGAAAAUAAUCUUUUAUUUCGUUACUCUUGACUUUAUAGUGAGUGGGAUACUGCUGACAUGCCGUUUACAAUGUAAUCUCUUGGCUAAUACAAAUAAAUAUCGUAUACACUUUAUGCUGAUAACAGUGAUAUACAUUAUGAGUUAUGACUCAUAUACCACAUUGGGUUAAUGGCAUGCACACUCUGAACAACUGAAUAUGCAGAAGUUCGUCGUUGCGCAAAACAAGAAAGAAACGAAACUGUAUUUCCAAACCUGUUUUGAGCAAAAAUUUAUGAUAGUACCUACCAUUUAUCGGCGUGGAAUGUGAAAAAUAAUAUAAUGUAAAGUGCCAGUGUCCUUAAAAAGUAAGUGUAACAAUUCUUACAUAAAAAUAGUUCGUAAGAAAAACUUUUAAAUAAUUUAGCUAAACCCACUUCCUUAAAAACUUUUCAACUGUACUCAAUCAAGAACUCGCUCAAGUUUUUAUCGCGUAUAAAAAUGCCACCGAUAACGUCUCAACCCGUGCAGACGCCACCACCUUCGUAUGAAGACGCUGUACUUUAUCCAGCCCAACCACCAGUCAAUCCUGAGAUGUCACUGGCAUACAAUUAAGCCAGAAAGGCAACUAUAAGAAUCAAGAUGGAACUGAAAAUAUUCAUAAUUCCCGUGUUAUUCGGCAUAGCUGCAGCCACACACGUCCAUGAAGCAGUCGAAACAGAAAUGUUUGCAAUACCAAUCAGUCCCAAUUUAUUUAACUGGACUUAUCAAGAAUUUGAUCAGCAGUAUCGCUUCCAUGCAUCCAUGCUGGGUAAACCUGAGUUGCCAUCAUGGUUGCGCUACAUCUACAGUCGGAGACACCACGCUGGGUUUAUCUUUGGGACACCCCCUCGAGGCGUCAAAUCACCUAUUACGUUGGAAGUUAUAGGGCUGAACAGCGCAGACUACGAGACUCGCCGAGUGCUGCUCACCCUGCAAGUGCGUGCAAAGGAGAACAUGGCACGGCACGAGCUCGAGCUGAAGAUCGACAACCUCAACGUGGAGGACCUGUGCGAUCAACACAAGAUGAACCGACUGAAGGACAUUUUCCGCAUGAAGUUAUGGACGGAAAGCAGUCAAGACCUGUACGCCACCUUCCUGGCGUCAGCCAUCGACCUGGGCGCGCGGUUGCCGCUUAGACCUAGUGACGGGGAGGGGUUGGUGGUUCGUCUAGGGAGUGCUCAGCCGUUCUCCUCAGAGUUGAAGCGACUACGUGAGGAGGUGCGUCCUCUCUCCCGGCUGCCCAGCUGUCCUCGGGAGUAUAAACGGACCACGGUGGAGAGACUGUUUAGAGACGCCGAGUUUAUUGUUGAUUGGUGCCGAUUUGAAUUGUACAACACAAUCUACAAGGAACGCAGCACAGAGCACCUCGAGUACUUGACAGAGAUACCGAACUCUAGCAAGAAGGCUAAGUCUUACAAGGGUUUAGACACACACAUGUGGUCGGCGCCAAGUAUAGUCGGUCUGCCGUCCCGAAGUUACAGCAAGCAGUUGAUGGCAACUGUCGCAGUGCCGUUACUGCUGCUGUUGCUUGCAGUUGUCGCUACAACUGCUGUCCUGUGCUUCCAUUAUGCUGCCAUGCGUGACCGGGUAUCGGAAAAUUUCUUAGACGAUAUCUUCCACAUUUGCAUUGACUAUAGAAGGAGGAGAGCCCACAAGUCUGCGAAGGUGGAGCUGUGUCGUUAUGGUACCGCGAACACUGAGCAGACGCAGGUCGGUGAUAACACCAGCAACAAGAGUCUUGGAGUCAGUCCAAAUAACAGUCUGGUGAGGCCUUACAGCCCAAAGUCCUCCACCAACCUCGCCGGCAGCUACAACCGCCCACAGCCGCCUCCAUACGCCGGGUCCACGCUCCACCACCGACGCUCCACCGCUGAGAAAACCCCAUCAACCCGCGGCCACACCCCGGAACACCGCAACCAUCUUGUCUUAGAAGAAUCUCUAAAACUACUCAACGAAGCGAACAUUAACUCGGAAUUUGAUCCAAUUUUAAAAGACCCAAUAGUCGACAUGGCGGAUGGUGUAGACGAUUAUGUCCCGAUAAAACCAGAUUCAACCGGAUAUAUCUCGAUGAAAGCGGAUUUAGAUGAUAUUGAUGUGCCUGAGCUUUCGAAGUAUGGUCUAGGGGGGGUUGCUAUUUGACAUGAGUUUUCGGGAGACGGCAAAGCGCCUGUCAAAACCUGGUUUUGUUAAACUAGGUGUGGGAAGAGUAGAAGAGGUUGUAUGUUGGUAGUUUAGGAGCCUAUUACACUACCCUACCAGCUACCUACAUCGGUGGGCGGGGUCACGAUUUCGCCAUUCAAUAACCAACACCCGAUGUAUCCGGCUCGAUGCAUUGGCUAGUGU